AUGGAAGGAACCUUCCACCCUGAAGUGCGACCGCAAGAAGAGCAAUGGGUGACGUGCGGCAAGCUAGCCAGCCGACGGGUGCAGUGCUUUCCAGCGCCGGACGCGUUCAACCCAUGCGAGGACGUUAUGGGCAACAUGGUGCUGCGCGUAGCCGUCUGGUUCGUGGUCGUUGCCGCGGUGUUCGGAAACCUGGCUGUGCUGUUGGUGCUUCUCAGCAGCCGUCUCACCGUUUCCAAGUUCCUGAUGUGCAACCUCGCCUUCGCCGACCUCUGCAUGGGCGCCUACCUGCUGCUCAUCGCCGCCGAGGACCUGCACACGCGCGGCCGGUACUUCAGCCACGCCAUUCUCUGGCAGCAUGGCGCCGGAUGCAAAGUAGCUGGAUUCCUCACGGUGUUCGCCUCUGAACUGUCAAUCUACACGCUCACGGUGAUCACCCUGGAGCGCUGGUACGCCAUCACGUACGCCGUUCACCUGAACAGGAGGCUACGACUGCGCACCGCCGCGCGCAUCAUGGCGUGCGGCUGGGGCUACGCGCUGCUCGCGGCCUCCCUGCCCCUCUUGGGCAUCAGCAGCUACAGCAAGACGUCCAUAUGCCUGCCCAUGGAGAACAGCACGGUGGUAGACUUUCUAUACCUUCUCACCCUCCUAUCGAUGAACGGCUUUGCUUUCCUGCUCAUAUGCGCCUGCUACGCAAAAAUGUAUCUGGCCAUAUCAGGCCAGCGACCACGCUCCCACUGCGGCAGCAAGGACACGUCGGUAGCCAAGCGCAUGGCUAUGCUGGUAUUCACCGACUUCGCCUGCUGGGCUCCCAUUGCUUUUUUCGGCCUGACAGCCGUGGCCGGCUACCCGCUUAUUGACGUUCCCAAGUCCAAGAUUCUUCUCGUGUUCUUCUACCCCCUCAACUCGUGCGCCAACCCGUUUCUCUACGCCAUCCUGACCAAACAGUACCGGCGCGACCUGUCCAUGCUGCUGUCCACGCGGGGCCCUUGUACGCGCCGCAUGCUCAAGUACACCUCGUCCUGGCAUACGACGCCCACCAACCGCCUGCUGCGUAACAAAGAUAACAGUAGCACAUCGCGCCAGACCACCGAGCUUUCGAACCGCACACAGAAGGGCUCACCGCACCCCAUCAAAAACAACUUCACCAAACUGGGAGUGCACGAGGAGUUUCUGAGACGCCAGAGCCUGCUGUGCGAGCACAUGGACACACCUAUUUGA